AUGACGUGUGCAGGUGAAAGCCAUCAGAGAGUCAGUGCACCGACAAAUCUUCUGUCGAUAAAGGCCAACACCAGGAUAGGGACCUGGAACAUCAGAACCCUAUACGAGGUCGGAAAAGCUGCCCAAGUAGCAAAGGAAAUGACAAGGUACAACAUCAAGGUACUUGGCCUAAGCGAAGUUAGAUGGAAUGAAAGAGGACAAGUUCGCUUAGAAUCAGGAGAAACCAUCAUAUACUCUGGACAUGAGGACCAGGAUCAUGCACACACUCAAGGGGUUGCCCUUAUGUUGUCACCAGAAGCAACAAAAGAGAAGAUUGCAUGGGAACCAGUGUCGCCAAGACUCAUGUCAGACAGGUUCAACUCAAAGGGAAGGAAGAUCACAAUCAUUCAGUGUUAUGCCCCAAUAAAUGCAGCAGAGGAGCAGGAGAAGGACGAAUUUUACGCUGCAUUACAGUCAAUGAUAGACCACAUGGACCAUGCACCUCGCAGAGAUAUAAAAGUUGUGAUGGGAGAUCUGAAUGCCAAGGUUGGAGAGGACAACACGAACAAAGAACUCAUCAUGGGAAAGCACAGCAUUGGUAACAUUAAUGAAAAUGGAGAACUUUUUACAGACUUCUGCAAUUUCAAUGACCUUGUCAUAGGAGGCACCAUCUUUCAACACAAAAGGAUACAUAAAACAACCUGGUCUUCUCCAGAUGGAAAGACAGAAAAUCAAAUAGACCAUAUUACCAUCAUGCGAAAAUGGAGAAGUUUGCUAGAUGUUAGGACAAGACGAGGAGCAGAUGCAGCCUCAGAUCACCAACUUGUUACAGCUAGGCUUAGAAUGAAACUCAGAGCAUUUAAAGAUAAAUCAAAAACACUUCACUACAAAUUUAAUGUCCACCUUCUUAAAAUCAAAGAAAAAAGUGACGAGUUUAACAUCGCAAUAAGCAACAAGUUCGAUGCGCUAGAGGGAUUGACAGUAACAUCUAUAGAUGACCAUUUGGUUAAGCUCCAAGACACCUGGAAAACUGCAUGCAGUGAAGUUUUAGGAAAGAGAAAGAGGGAGCACAAAGAUUGGAUGACAGCAGAAACAUGGGAAAUAGUUAAAAUAAGGAAAGAGUUGAAGCAGAAAAUUAACCAGUGUAAGGAUGCUCAACAAAAAAAGGGACUGAAAAAAGAAUAUAGGAAAGCCAAUAAACAAGUAAAAAAGAAUGCUAGAAAAGACAGGAGACAGUUUGUCCAUGACAUGACUGAAGAGACAGAGACAGCAGCCAGGCAGAACAACAUGAAAAGGCUGUAUGAAAUAAGCAGAACGCUGUCAGGAAAGAAUGUGAACACUAUUACCCCAGUGAGAGACAAACAGGGAAAGAUGAUCAGUAGUGAUAUAGGACAAAAAGCUAGAUGGACAGAGGUGAUGAGAAUGAACAACAAACAGAAUACACCAAUCCAAUUAAAUGGAGAAAACAUCAGAGAAACCGACAAAUUUACAUAUCUUGGGAGCAUUGUCAGCAAGGACGGGGUCGCUGACAGCGAUGUUAAAAGUCGUACCAACAAGGCAAGAUGGCCAGACACCAUAUCAAACGCAAGCCUAUGGGAAAAGACCACACAAGAUCCCAUCCACAUUGAAAUAAAGAGGAGGAAAUGGGGAUGUAUAGGCCACACUCUACGUAAAUCCCCAGAAAACAACACAAGACAGGCACUGGAUUGGAACCCACAGGGAAAGAGGAAGGUGGGGAGACCUAGGCAAACCUGGAGAAGAUCAGUAGAGUCAGAGACAAAAGAUGCAGGAUUCACCUGGGCCCAGUUAAAGAAAGUCGCCCAAAACAGAGUCCGCUGGCGAGGAGUGGUUGCGGCCCUUUGCUCCCCAAGGAGCUAA